AUGUUGUGCCCCCUGCCCACACUCCUGCUGCGGGCACAACCUCACAACACCAAAAAAGCUUCACAUCUGCCCCGCUCGAACUUCCACCACCACAUUUACCAAACACCACCAACAAGCACCAGAGAAGCCAACGUAGCCAACAACGCCAUCGAAAUGCUUUCUCUAAUCCUCUCCGCAGAACUCACCGGAGUCACGGACCUCCGCCCGCAAGACACAGAGGAAGACCCGUACUACUAUACCUUCAAGGUGCAAUGUACCUCAUGUCGCGAGACACACCCGAACUGGGUGAGCUUUAAUCGCUUUGAACAGAUUGAAAUCCCGGGAAGUCGCGGCGAGGCGAACUUUGUGUGGAAGUGUAGGCUUUGUCAGAGAACGCACUCGGCUUCUAUUCUUGCAGCCCCAACGGCUUAUGCCGACGACGAGAAGCGCAAGGGGAAGAAGGUGAUUGACCUUGAUUGUCGCGGGUUGGAGUUUACGGAGUUUAAGCCUGAUGGAGAAUGGGAGGCUAAGGGUGUGGAAUCCUCUACGGCGUUUACGGGGAUUGAUCUUGCAGACGGCGAGUGGUAUGAUUAUGAUGAGAAGGCUGGGGAUGAGGUUGCGAUUAAGGAGAUCAAGUGGGAUAUUGGACGAGCAUGA